AUGUCUCCGGGCCGUGCGGGAAUGCUCUUUAGCUGCAUUCCGCCGCAUUACCAUGAAGCCGUCUUCACCUCCCGUCACGACGACGACGACUCGACGCGCUCGGCGGCGCUAGUGCCGACCACUCAAUCUCACUUUGAUCCCUCGGUCUACCCACCUCCAUCUUGGGCAGCGACUCUGCCGUUCGACACUCCCGCUCCUCGUCGCGUCGUCGUGCCCACCAUGCCGUCUCGUCAGACCUCCUCCCCUCUCCCCUCACCUCCCUCGAAGUCAUGGCCCGCAUCGGUCUCGCCACCCCAGCGCUCCCUGACGUCCACUCCUCAUGUCGUCCAGAUCGAGGACCCCGACAAGUCCAUCAGGGAACUCGACGAGAAGGCAGAGCUCCCUUUCUCGUCGCUUGAGAACGGUGGCAAGGUUCAACCCAAACGACGAAACUACGCCCCCAUUGUUAUUGCUGCCUUUGUCCUCCUGGUCUUCCACAGCUCUCGCUUGGUGUGGAGCAAAUACCAGGAGCACAACCUUUCCAUCGACAUUGGUACCUCUGCGUCCUCCUCUGCCGAAACCUUCAUCACCUCCGCCUCGGCCACCACUCUGGACGAGCCGCGGCCUCAGCUGCCCGCCGACUGGUGGCACCGUUGCACCAAGCACCUCGUCGUACCCGCCGGCAUGUACACUGACCGCCUGGACAAGCUCGCCGCAACGCUCAAGGGUGGCGCGUGGAUCUCGGAACCCGGAGCCAGUGUCGAAUACUACCUCGGUGCGUUUGGCCCCGGAGUAUGGCACCCGAGCGAGCGGGCCUUCCUCGUCGCCGUCGACAGUGCUGGCAGCGUCACCAUCCUCACUCCGGCGUUUGAGGAGGGCCGCGCCCGCCUCAUCCCACUCCCCAGCGACGUGGUCAAGCGCGUCACCUGGCUGAGCUGGACCGAGAGCGAGUCGCCGUACACCGUCCUGAUCAACCACCUGGGCAACAAGCCUCAGAUCGUCCUCGAGGCUGGCGUGCGCAACUUUGUCGUCGAUGGUGUGCACAGUGCCCAGAAGCAGCGCGGCAUGGACCCCAGCCUCCCCGCGUUUGACGUCGGGUCCGCUGUGGCCUCGAUUCGCGAGCGCAAGGACGAGCGCGAGAUUGGCCUCAUGCGCUGUGCCAACGAGGCGACGCUUCACGCCAUCCGCAAGACGCGCAUGCAGAUGUACAUUGGCAUCAGCGAGAGCAUGACUCGCAAGAUCCUGUACAAUGAAAUGAGCCAUGUGGGACUCAAGGACUACUCCGCCUUGGUGCUCUUUGGGCCCAACGCAGCCCUGCCGCAUGGGUCCGGGACCGACCGCACCCUCGGGAGCGACGAGUUUGCCCUCAUCGACGCCGGAGGGUACUGGGGCGGAUACAUUGCCGACAUUACGAGGACCUUCUUCCUUCCCGACUCGAACAUUUCAGACGAGCACCGUGAAGCCUGGGAGAUUGUCCGUCUGGCCCAGCGCGCCCCGGCCAGUCUGCUGCACUACGCCGAGCCCGCCGAUAAAGUACAGCUUUCGUGGCUCGACGACCGUGCCCGCGAGACCAUCAAGCGCGGCAUGGCCGCCCUCGGCGUGCCCCCGCAAAAGGGCCACAAGCCCGACUACACCGUCUUCACGCACCGUCUCGGCCACGGAAUCGGGCUCGAGGGCCACGAGUCGCCGUAUGCCGUCCAGGGGCCCCUGGGCGAGCGCGAUGUUCUCACAGGCCACACGUUCACCCUCGAGCCCGGAGUGUAUAUCCCCCAGGACUCGGACAUUGGAGACGAGAGCAUCAGGGGGCUGGGUAUCCGCCUCGAGGACGUGGUAGUUGUGCGGGAGGUGGACGGGCGCAUGAAGGCCGAGUUCCUCACGGGACCGGUUGACAAGUGGGGUGACGUGUAG